AUGGCAGCUGCUCUUCUCUCAACUUCGUUCCACAAUUCUCUCCUUCCAAAUCUUCCCUUGAUCAGGAAUUAUACUAGCAGUAUGACUAUUUCAAGUCAAAAAUACUGUAGAAAGCCUGGAAAUAUGAGAAACUUAAUGGAAUGUUCUAAUGAUUCUUCGUUACCCAUUUUGCGAAAUGGGAUUUUAAGAAGGGACUUAAUUUUUACGGGCCUUUCUUCGUCGCUCUUUCUAAUUUUCCCUUCUUCAGGUUUUGGUGCCGAGGAAGAGUUCAAAAUGGAUUUAGCAGUUGAUGAUAUAAAUGCUUAUUCAUAUUUGUACCCAACUGAAUUGCCUUCCAAGCAAUUUGUCUUCAAAUGGGUUGAAUCUAGAAAGCCAGAGCGUUAUUCAUCAGCUGCACCAUUGUCCCCUGAUGCACGACUUCGCAUUGUGUCUGAGAGAGUCGAUAUCAUCGACAACCUCAUAAUUUCUGUUUCGAUAGGUCCCCCCAAUUUGCAGUUCUUAAAAUCAAAGGACAAAACUACAUGGAGUGCCAAAGAUGUUGCUGAUUCUGUUUUAUCUGACAAGUCUGCUCUGCGUGUUACCUCCAGUCAGCGUAUGGCUGAAAGUUCGGUCCUUGAUGCACAUUCUUCUACAAUUGAUGGUGAACCCUAUUGGUAUUAUGAGUAUCUGAUUCGUAAAUCACCAACUAAAACUGCUCAGGAUUCAAAUAUUUUCAGGCAUUAUGUUGCUACAACAGCCGAACGUGAUGGUUAUUUGUACUCUCUUAAUGCUUCAACUCUUAGCAAGCAGUGGGGCAAAGUGGGACCUCUGUUGGAAAAAACUGUGGCUUCAUUCCAUCUUCUACCUCCCACAGAAAACUACGUACCUCCAUACAAGGACCCGUGGAGGUUUUGGUGA